GAGAAUAAUUUAAUUGUUGCUAGGUUGCUUCAGGAGAAUAACACAUUUUCUGGUUCAGAUACAGGUGCAGGAGUGGUGGGAGGAGGAGGAGGAGCUGGAGCUGGAGGUGGAGGUGGAGGAGGAGGAGGGGUAGAAGAUCAAGAACAUCUUGUCCACGAGAACGUGUACACGCUUCAGCAGAGGGAGAUGAGCGAGGAACAGCUGAUAGCGCAAUAUCUAAGCAAACAGUCUUUCAAUCUACCAUCAAAUCCUCUGAAGCAAGAAGUUCUCAACGAUCCAAUGAUUCUGUGUAAAGAAGAGCAGGCUCUUGCAAACCAUUUAGAUCAGGAGCUCAUGGGACAAUCUAGACAGGACAACAUGGGACACCAUAGACAGGACAACUUGGGACUCAGGGGACAGGAUAAUCUAGGGCUAAGAGGACAUGACAAUCUAGGGUUAAGAGGACAAGACAAUCUGGGGCUAAGGGGACAAGAUUUGGGUCUAAGGGGGGUACAUGACAAUCUGGGGCUUAGGGGACAGGAUGGCUUUGGGCUUCCGAGACAGGAACCUUUGGUGAGCAGCAGGCAAGAUAUGCUUGGACUUGGUAGACAGGAAAUACAUAGAUCAAGGCAGGAAAUGCUGGGAUCCUGUCGGGACGAUGUUUCAUCACUUCGUCAUGAUAUUCUCGGCUCAACCAGGCAUGAUUUGUUGGGACCAAGUAGACAUGAAAUGCUGGAAUCUGGCAGGCAGGAAAUUCUUGGAUCUAGCAGACAAGAACUGCUAGGAUCUAUACGGCAGGAAAUGCUUGGGUCGAAUAGGUUGGAUGUCCUACCUCCAAGACAGGAACUCCGACAUACCCUGGAGAUAAACAGACAUCCUGACCCACGAGGACAAGGGUUGGAGAGGAUCGACCAAGAACUGGAGAGACAUGGACUAGGACGGAUAUCUCAUCAACAGAAUCAAUCUCGGCAUCUUGGUCUGAAUCAGGUUGAUAAUAAGCUAUCUAACGAGCUGGAAACCCUUCUGCCUCGCAACUAUCAACCUCCUCUUAUGUCAACAAUGCAGCAGCUACCCUCCUGGAACCUUCCAUUGUCAAAUCAAAACAAACAAUAAUAUUUGCAGUACAGUACAGUACAGUACAGUACAGCACAGUAUAUGUCCCCUCCUGGAACCUCCAUUGUCAAAUCAAAACAAACAAUAAUAUUUGCAGUACAGUACAGUACAGUACAGUACAGUACAGCACAGUACAUGUCUCUUCCUGGAACCUUCCAUUGUUAAAUCAAAACUAACAAUAUUAUUUGCAGUACAGUACAGUACAGCACAGUACAUGUCCCCUCCUGGAACCUUUCAUUGUCAAACCAAAACAAACAAUAAUAUUUGCAGUACAGUACAGUACAGUAUAUGUCCCCUCCUGGAACCUUCCAUUGUCAACUCAAAACAAACAAUAAUAUUUGUAGUACAGUACAUUACAGUACAGUUCAUGUCCCUUCCUGGAACCUUCCAUUGUCAUACCAAAACAAACAAUAAUAGUUGCAGUACACUACAGUACAGUACGUGUCCCCUACUGGGACCUUCCAUUGUCAAACCAAAACAAACAAUAAUAUUUGCAGUACUGUGCAGUACAGUACAGAAACCUUUCUACCUUGCAACUAUCAACCUCCUCUUAUGUCAACAAUGGAUUAGCUACCCUCCUGGAACCUUCCAUUGUCAAACCAAAACAAACAAUAAUAGUAGCAGUACUGUACAUGUUCCCCCCCCUUUAACCUUCCAUUGAAAAUCAAAACAAAAAAUAGUAAUUGCAGUACAGUUAAUUGCAGAACAGUACACGUCUCCUCCUGAAACCUUCCAUUGUCUAAUUAAAAUAAGGAUAGUAUUUGCAGUACAGUACAGUACAUGUCCGCUUCUGAAAUCAUGUGUUGUUUAAUUAAAAUAAGAAUAAUAUUCAUCAGAUGAGGCACGCAUGGACAAAAAUUUGGAGCCGUUAUUGUAUCCAGAAGAAGUUCUGUGUCUAUACAUUCUUUGGAAUGCAUAAUCUAUCCAAAUGUAGCUCAGUACAGUUUAUAUUUCUUUUUAGAAGUAUAAUCUAUGAUUAUCAUGCAUUCAGUACGGGGAAGCACAGUACAUCGAAACUAGAAAGCUUCUUUUACAGCCUAAAUUAAUAUGUAAUUAAUGAUUUCUUAAUAAUUUUACAGAUAAUAUUUCAAUUCUAUCAAAUCUAUGCAAUUAUGUUGUAAACUGUUAAUUUUUAUAUUGUUAGUAAAAGUAUUAACCCAAA